CCCUUCGUUUCAGCUCGCAGCACUAGUUGUCCAUAGAUUAACUGGGAGAAAUCGGGGAUCACUGAUUUUGUGUCCAAUCAACAAUUUCUGUCUUGAUGUUGUCAAAAAUUUGGGAUAACUUUGCUAGUACAUGGUAUUUCCAAAAACACAUUAGACUAUAACAGAUCCUUCAGACUUAACAGUAGGAAUGAGGAGUUUUAGAGAGUUUUUGUUUCACUUCCCUUGUCUUUGUGCUCACUGCGUGUUGCCGCACAAUGAAUGUGGCUUAAAGAAAUUAGCCUUUGUGAAGUUAUAAUUUUACCCCACAGAAACACAAACCUCCUGGAUGAGUAAUUUGAAGUAAAAAAAAAAAAAAUCAGCAUAAAAAAAACCCAAAAACCUAAUUUGAAUUCUUUAUCCUUAAAAAUGUAUAUUUUAAAACUUUUCCCCUGUGUGGUUGUCUGUUGCUGCUCUUUCUCUGUCCCACUAGGAUCUUUCAUCACUCUAUUUUAAAGUGUCUCUUUAUACCUCGCCAGUCCCUCCUGCUCCACCAACGCGUUGUCUGUUUAUUUGUUCCUCUCCUCUAUUUUAGGACUGAUUUCCGCUUUCCGCAGACUUUGGCAGGAACAAACAGAUGUGUAAAUUUACAUCACUUUGUAAAGGCUUUACUUGGUUGAAAUGAAGCUGCACAAGGCAAUGUAAAUCCUGCAAUGUCUUUAAUCAAUUAAAAAUGCGUAAAUAAUUCAGCUUAUGCAAGUGUCGUAAUUGUUAACCUUUUUAGAGUUCUUUUUCUUUUCCCAAACUUGCAAGAAACUAAAUCAAAGAGAUGAGCGUAUGUGUUGGAAAUCCAUUUACAUAUUCUAAAUAAAAGGAGAUCUGUUUGCUUCACUUUAAUAAAAAGAGACAGAUAAUCAGUAGUCUUUGUCUAAAAAUAGAUACCACGCUGUCUGUAUCUAUUGUCCACAGCUGUUUACUCUGUUGCUUUUUUUUUUGUGAAGCAUGGGCUAUAAGAGGUGGCGUGUGUGAGCUCUGAGCACAGCAGGGGUACAGUAUAGCAGAGCAGACACAAUGGUUAGACAUAUGUUCUCUAAUCUUGUACUUCUUUGGUCAAUUACCCAUGGCUUUUACAGACCUGGAGGGACUCAUCAUGCUUCAAAGAGUCAGUCCUGGAACAAUCAGAACCUCUCCUCUGUCCCCUUGGACCUGGAUGUAAGGCUCCGAAGGCUCGACCUGUCAAAUAACGUCAUCACACAGUUACAUGCGUUUGCUCUGCCGUGCUUGGAGGAGCUUGACCUGAGCGGCAACCAGAUGGAUCUUAUCUCCGAGGCGGCUUUUGGAAACCUGGCCCGGCUUGAACGUUUGAAUUUGUCCAGGAAUCGACUGAGCGUCAGCCUUGGCAGCAACAGCAAAGCCCUCAGAUCCCUCGGCGGACUCAGGAGCUUGGAUAUAUCAAUGAACGGCUUGAGUAAUGGCGCUGCUGAGCUAUUACUGAGAAACAAGUCUUCCCUUGAUCAACUUAAGAUGACUGGUAAUGUUUUAAUAAAACUGUCACCCAGCCUGUUUCGAGAGAGCAAAAGUAUAAGGAGUCUUAUUAUUGAGGACAAUCUGAUAUCAGAAAUUGCACCGCAGACGUUUGAACCACUAAGCCGAUUAGAAUCUCUCAACUUGGCAAGAAACAAUCUUGCAUUUAUCUGUGAUUUUACAUUGCACCAGGUGAAAUAUCUGAAUCUCAGCAGAAAUUCAGUGGAGUUCUUUGUUACUCCAGAGGACGUUGUGUUGUACAAUCUUGAAGUUCUUGACCUCAGUCACAACAAGCUGUUAUACUUCCCAAUUCUACCAAAAAUGAAUCAACUAAAGUAUUUACAUUUGCAGAACAAUUUGCUUGGCGCUCUGGAUUCAGAGGCCGUGAUGGUAACUGAAGUAAACUCUCUUUAUCGGGGCGUUGUAAAUGAGACGAUACUUCAAAAGAAUUAUUUUCAUGCAAACUGGAGGCUAAUGCCGCUGGUUUACAUUGACUUGAGCUUUAACCGCUUUGCCUCUUUUCCUCUUGAGACAUUGAGCUUGCUUAACUCUUUAGAAACACUCAAUUUUAGCCACAACUGUUUGCAAAACAUAAACUGGGAUGUUAGAAAUUAUAGUAAUCCGAUGCAAGUUCGUCAGAUAAUUUUCCAUUCCUUGAAGCAUCUCGACUUGCAGGGCAACGAUCUGACCCAUCUGCCCCUGCUCUUCCUCAAGACGCUCACACAAAUUGAAACACUGACUCUACAAGACAAUUCAUUGCAACCGUGUGGCAUUUUGAGUGGAUCUUUGUCAAAAAAUCAUGAAGAUUUUCAUCAUUUCUGCACUACAUUUGGGCAGCUGAAGACUCUUAAGCACCUCAAUCUUAGAGAAAAUGACAUAAAAAUACUUCCGCCAAAUGCCUUUCAGGGGACCUCACUCAUUUCCUUAAAUCUUGCCAAAAAUCUCCACAUGCUAAUACAUGAGAUGGCACUGGAAGGUGUGCAAACAACUUUACAGUCUUUGAUAAUCAGUGGGAUAAACAUAAACAGCUCGGGUCUGUCUUUACCCUGCAUGCCUGCACUGACUGAGAUCAACAUAUCAAACAACAGACUUAAUGCAACACCUAGCAGCUUAGGGUGCUCUCCUCUUAAAGUAAUCGAUGUAAGAAACAAUGACUUUAUGACCCUAAACUAUUCUUUGGUUGAGGCUGUAUCCACAAAUCUGACUACAAUGUUUAUUAGUGGCAACCGUUUCAACUGCUGUGACAGCAGAUGGUUGACAGUCUUGAAUGACAUGAGGGUUAAGCUGCCUGACAUUAGCCAGGCCGAAUGCUUUACACAAGUGAGGAACUUGACAAUGUCAGAAUACCUAAAAAGUCCUUUGUUUUACUGCUCCUUUGAAAGAAAUGGGCAGGGAGUUCAUUUUGGAGGAAUGGUCAUAACAUUGUUAUUUGUGACUAUAUUAUCAUUAGUGCUCAUUUUUUUUAGCAGGAAGCUUUGCUGCACUCAAAGAUCUUCUGUGGUGUGAUAUUUACAAAGUCUGCAUAGUGUAAAGCUCUAGCUAAAUGUUUAAAUACUGCUCUUUGUACAACGUGGAAUGAUUAUGGAACAUAAAAUUGCAAAAAUGUUCAUAAAACAAGACCUGGGUGGUUUGAGAUAAUUUAUUCUUGAAUCCAUAGUGUCAAAAAAAAUCUAUGUUUGUACAGAAAGUAGUCUGUUUGAUAAUGGGUGAUUUGUGGAGCUUUAACCAAUAACUGACCAACUUUUAAAUACUUUUUGAUUGUUGCUUUUAUCCUACCCUAAAGGGUACCACAAAAUAUCAUACCAUUUCAAGCCAUAAUGCUCAUUCUUUGUGGAUAGUGAUGCUGGUGAACCAGCAGCUUCUAGUUUAUGACAGGCUUAAGCCUUUGUGGUUUCGGGGCUAUUCUUAUAGAAGCCAACCAAUAUCCUUUUAUGUCUUUGGUCAGAUAGUGGAAACUUGUUCACAACUGGUUGCUCCAACAUGACAGUGAUCCCAAAUACACAUUAAAAAUGGUGUAGCUAACUUGCACAAGUUGCUCCUUGAAAAUUGGAAUUGCAGUCCACAGCAUCAUGAGGAGGGACUGUCAGGCUGAUGGCUAACUAAAAAAUUAAAUUACUAAUUGUUUUCUCCAAGUUCCAAUCGUCAAUUGCAAAAUAAGCUGUUUAGACAUUUUGGCAAAGAUUUUCCUGUGUGCAAUCAAAACAUUCAACCAUGCUGCUCAAUCUGAAAAUUCAUUUUCAAUACAAAUUUGGCACCACUUAAAGGGAAAUAAACUUAUUUCCAGCAGCAUAAAACGAUCAACAAAAAGCAUUGUUUGAGAAUUAUGUUUACUUUUUAAGCGGAGGAUGCUUGUAUAUAUGAUGCCGAUUGGCCGUGUGCGAAACUCCCAAAUGUUUAUAAAAAUCCCUGAAAUUGUUUGUUGUUGCUUACAAGUAUAUAUGAUUUUUGGUUUUAAUCAAAGUUUAAAAUUAAUAUGACAGUAAUGUCUAUGAUGAGUGCAUGUUAACCUCUGACCAGAACUUUACGUUUAAAGUCAGCAAUCAACACUCGAAGGCAAACUGGACAACAGAUCAGCUUUCCUGACAACUCCUGGGAGUUUCACUCUGCUUGACUCAGAAAAGUGUCUGCGAAAACAAUUUUCCUUUUUGACUAAAGGAAGCAAAAUUUCCUGUAUAAGUUGGCACAUGCAAAGCAUUCUGUACAUCUUUACAAAACAUGUCACUUCACAUCACCAACUCAGCGCGAAGGUUAUGAUUUGAAUCGACACUAAGGCUCCCAAGUUGUGUUGAAUACAGAGGAACAGAUCCGCUGCCCAAACUUUGUGAAGCGUUUGUUAGCAUAUAAAACUGCAGCUUGAGCUGAAAUACUUUUGAUAUGAAGCCUUUCACAAGAUUCCCAGAAUAAAGAUCGGAGAAAUCCAAGCAAGAAUCAUCAAACGGAAAAUACCAGUAACACUUUCAGCAUGAACCCUUGCGAAAAUGAAAUACAGUUCUCUUCAAACAUCAAACAUCAAUCUGAGUUUUCUAACAGACGUGGAUUUAACCCUGGAAGAUGUCAUUCUGCAUCAGUCUUGCUGCACUUAAUAAAUAUGCUGUACUUAAUUACCACAAUGUGUUGGCAGUCUUUAUUUAAGAGUCUGAAUCUUCUGGUUUAAUACCUACAGAUAAAUCACAUGAAGUUUGAAGGGAAUCCGUUUCCCUUUCUGUGAAUUUCAGUUUCUAUGUUUUUGUUUUUGUUUUUUGUUUUUUUUUAGCCCAGCAGAUGUUUUCCCUGUGAACCAUAAAAUACAGUAGCCUAAAAAAAAACAGUUGUGCUAAAAGGCAAACCUUUUGGGCUCUAAAAUAAAUACAACCUAAUAAAUUAUUUUAAAAAAUUGUUGUUUCCACCUUUUAAAUGACUUAUGUCCUGUACAGUUAAGCCAAAACAAGAAUAAAGGAAAUCUGUUAGCAUGGAAAAUAU